GCGCAUUCCGUUCACACACUCAAUUCCAUUCUCACCCAAACACGUCCUUAUAUUUUAUUAUAUUAAAAAAUAUAAAUAUAUAAAAUACUAAAACGACACAACGGUACAAAACGUCUAGCCAUCGAAGCCGGCGUAUACUUUCAAGGGCAAUCUUCUCCUGCAGUGAAAUGGCUGGGAGAGUGGAGGAGGAGGAGGAGAAGGCGGUGUUCGAUGCGGAAGCAGCGGGUGCUUUGGUGAAGGAGCUGAGAGGUACUUUCUCUUCUGGUAAGACUCGGAGCUAUGAAUGGAGAGUUAGUCAGUUGAAAAGUCUGUUAAAGUUGUGUGAUGAAAAUGAGAAUGAGAUCGCCGGGGCUCUUCGCCAGGAUCUUUCAAAGCCUGAACUCGAAACCAUUGUUUAUGAGGUAGGCAUGCUGAAGAACUCAUGCAGAGUGGCGCUUAAGGAACUGAAACAUUGGAUUGCGCCAGAAAAGGCAAAGACCUCAUUAACCAGUUUUCCUUCAUCAGCUCAAAUUUUGCCAGAACCUUUGGGUGUUGUAUUGAUAAUUUCAGCAUGGAAUUAUCCUUUUUUGUUGUCUCUUGAUCCACUAGUUGGAGCUAUUGCAGCUGGUAAUGCUAUGGUCUUAAAACCAUCAGAAAUUGCUCCAGCCACAUCCUCAUUGCUUUCAAAACUACUUUUGAAAUAUUUGGAUAGCUCUGCCAUAAGGGUUAUUGAGGGGGCUGUUGCUGAAACAACUGCCCUGCUGGAGCAAAAGUGGGACAAGAUAUUUUAUACAGGAAAUGGAAGAGUGGGACGUAUAGUGAUGGCUGCUGCUGCAAAGCAUCUGACACCAGUUCUUUUGGAGCUUGGGGGAAAAUCUCCUGUUGUCAUUGAUGCAGGCAUCAAUUUACAGGUUGCAACUAGGCGGAUAAUUGCAGGAAAGUGGGGGUGUAACAAUGGACAAGCAUGCAUUUCUCCUGAUUACAUUAUAACAACAAACGAUUAUGCUCCAAAAUUGGUGGAUACCCUGAAAACAGAACUAGAGAGAUUUUAUGGAAAGACACCAUUGGAAUCAAAAGACUUGUCUCGAAUUGUGAAUUCCAACCAUUUUGCUCGUUUGACUAAGUUACUGGAUGAGGAUAAGGUUUCUGGUAAGAUUGUCUAUGGAGGUGCAAGAGAUAAAGAAAACCUGAAAAUUGCUCCCACCAUCUUGCUGGAUGUCCCACGAGACUCUCUGAUAAUGAAUGAGGAGAUAUUCGGUCCCUUGCUUCCUAUUAUCCUGGUUAACAAAAUCGAGGAGAGUUUUGACUUGAUAAACUCGGGAACAAAGCCACUUGCAGCUUAUUUAUUCUCCAAUAACAAGAAACUCAAGGAACAGUUUGUGAUGUCUGUCUCUGCUGGAGGUCUACUCAUCAAUGACACUGCUCUGCAUCUUGCAGUUGAAACCUUACCAUUUGGAGGUGUUGGGGAGAGUGGCAUGGGUGCAUACCAUGGAAAGUUUUCUUUUGAUGCUUUUACUCAUAAAAAGGCAGUACUUUAUCGAAGUCUCGUUGGUGAUGCAGUUAUAAGGUAUCCACCAUAUACCACAGGGAAGAUGAGAUUGAUGAAGGCUUUAAUCGGUGGUGGCAUAUGGAACAUUAUCAGAGCUUUGUUUGGCUGGGGUAAGGUUUGAGAAGAAUAUGUGGUUUUUCGUGUAAGUUUAAAAUACUCAACUCGUGUAAAUUAUUUUUCUUGUACAAUUUAAAUUGGAUUAGGAUUAAUAGUUUGCAACAGUGGAAUGUUGCUGUACUUAUUUAUACCUUUUGAUGACUGUGUGUUGAUUUGCUCUGAAAUGUGAGAUUAUUUUAGACCA